CUAUGGGAACGCUUGACCAUUCUUCCAGAAGCGCAUUUGUGCUAAUCUGGGAACUACACAAAGUUUGGAGGUCUUUAGCUAUUGACUCUGCAAACAGUUGGCGACUUCUGCACACUCUGUGCUUCAGCAUGUGCUGACCCUUCUCUGUCAAUUUACGUGACCUACCACUUGGUGGUUGAGUUGCUCUUGUUCCCAAUAGCUUCCACUUUGUUAUAAUACCACUAACAGUUAACCAUGGAAUAUUUAGUAGCAAGGACAUUUCAUGGAUCGACUUAUUGCACAGUCUUUCAAAAAUGUUUGUAGAAGCAGUCUGCAU